CAAGGAUAAAUAAGUUGUAUACAUGGUAACUAGUAAGCUAGUUUCAUUCAUUCACCUAAUUGUCUGUCCCCAUGCGCAUAAGGAAGCAGUUGGUAUUUUAUAAUACCCUGUCUCAUCCGCCAUCAAAUUUAAUGAGUCAUCAUACGUCAUCGUAUGACGUCAUAUGUUAUGGAAAUAUAGACUUUGGUUUCAUAUAUUACAUUAUGCCUGACACAACAACGUCAUCUGUACUACUUAUUUGUUUUCCUCAUCAGUGGGCAUCAUGCAAUAUAACAUAUAAACGCCUCGCUAAAUCCUUUACCAGCAAUACAUUAAGGAUAUAUAUAACUUUAUGUAGGCAGUAUAUCACAACCCAAUUAACUUCUAAACAUACUAUCCUCGUUAUUUCUGUUUUCGGACCAGAUUAUAAUUCUCUGGCAUACAGUUGGAACAUAACAUUAGUUUUAUUUCUUCGAAUACAGCACAGAAAAGGACAAAACUAAUUAAAACAAGAAAAAAGGGAAUCAUAGCAGCAAAAGAACAGCCACCAUGAAGAUAUUCUUUAUUUUGUUGUUUGUUAUAAACUCAAUAGAAGCAAGGUCGCUCAUGCCGAAGUCGCUGGUGGUUGUUGACUGUGAGCCUCGUUCUCGCUUGUCAAUAUCGAUAUCACCCGAUCCAAUGGUUUUCAGGCAGAAAUUUGAGAUCACAAUAAAGGCAUGGGCAAGUCUUAAUUACCAGAAGCUGUGGGGUAAACUUGAUAUUUGGGGAGGGAAUGCUCCCGGCAAUACAACCCGAUUGUUAUCUUUACAUUCGAGUUUGUGUGGGAAGCAUGGCUUCAGUUGUACCGGAAGACUCGGUGAUUACUUGUUCUUCAAACGCAACUACCUCAAUAAACUACCGUUCCCCGGUUUCUAUAACAUUUCUAUGAGCAUAUACUCCAAGAAUGGCCGACGAUUGGUUUGCGGCAGAUUGCAAUUACCUGUAAUUGAGAAACCGUGAACUCUACACAUUAAACUAUACACACAAUUUGACCAAGGAUUACCAUACCCAAUUUAUUACUUUAAACAUUUUUGAAACGAUUUUUUAUAAGAAUGUAAAUUUUUAUCUUUGCGGGAUAGCAACAGUCGUUAUAACACAGG